AUGUUUGACCUUUCAUUAACCCAACAAUUGCCCACACCCAGCCUGACCAGUCCGGCGUUUCUCUCGUCGUUCAAAACAUGCGUUGCAGUCAUCUCUGCACCUUUCCAGCUUGAAGAAGAGAACUCUUUCGAUGAUGCUAUCAAAGCGCACAAGACCGCCAUAGAAGUGCUCGAACAAGUCCAAAAGACCAAAGGGAUCAGAAAGUUCAACAGAAAGAUGUACGAAAGACAGGCGGAAAUCCAUCGUGAAAGAAAGGCGUACCUGGAGGCUUUUGGUGGGAAGUACGACGGGAGAAUAAUACUCAAAGCCCCUAAUCGCGCGGCAGUGGCAAAAAGUCACUCUUCGCCUAUCGGUUCCACUUCAUCUUCGCAACCACUCAGCACUUUCGCCAGUCAAUCUGGCAGGCCUCCACUCGAGUAUGUCGUUACAGCAGAUUCGGAACUGAUCGACCUGGGUGUCCGGAGUGUUUGGUAUUUUGUCAAAGACAAAGCCACCCAGAACACGCUUUACGCCGCACAAGGCCUCGCGGAUAUCGACAAGCCCAUGAUCGAGACUGUGCUAAGAAGAGCUGAUGGAAUAUUCCCAUUCGGCGAGGCUGUGCAUACCAGUGUUUUGAGCCAGGGAAAGCCAGGAUUGAACUUCAAGAUGAGAAUGCUGAGAAGAAGUGCUGGUCAUGAUGAGCAUGAAGUGUGGGAAAUCCCAACGACUGAAGCCAAGAAGAAGGAGUGGAGUCCAAGGAAAUUCAGCAUUUUGGGAAGACACUUCAUCUGGAAGAAUGAAGACGGCAAGGAUGGAGGCCACAUCUCCAAGAAGUGGGCUUGGGAAGCACUCUAUGAGACCAAAGAUGCCACGGACGGAAGCGAAGUUGUCGGAGAGAAGCUCUUUUGGGGAACUGUCCAGGGCAGUGGCAAGGCCAAAUGGAACCUCUUCAUGGUCGACGGGUUAGACUUGGCGUUGAGAGAACAUGUACUGGCGAGCCAGCUGAGCAGGAUUUUGAGAUGGACUAAUCCGCCAGGCAAAGACUUGGCUGGUGUUGAGAAAGGAGUCGCUGCGAUGGGCGCUAUCGGUGCUGUUUCAACGCUUGCUGAACUGCUUGGUUAG